GUUUUUAGUAGCUGGAAUUCUGCACAAACCUUUCAUCACCUUAUGGGCUGGUAGAAAUUGGCUUUUCUUACUGUGCUCCUGUCGUUUUGACCCAAAGUGGGAUGAUGUUCAAAAAGUUUUUUUUGUGAAGAAUAAAAAAAAUAUAUAUAGCAUGGACUCAGAGAUCAUUAAUAAAACCUUCUGUCAUGAUUUUUAGGAGUCAUGUACUAGAUGUACUAGUUCUCAUUCCCAGUGACCUCGUUUUUAAUGUAACUUUUUUUUCUCCCCAGCCUCGAAUGCCAAGCAUAAUUUCUCUUCUAAAUACUAAUUGUGCUCACCCCCCGUCGAUUUCUCCCUGCCCCCGUGCUCUCUGACUGGCUGCACUAAUCCUUUUGUUGUGGACCGAGAGGCCCGGUCGGCUUUGGCUGCACUGUAAGGGUUAGUUCAAGUGGAGGGUGAGCGCCAAGCGUUUGGAUGAUCACUUCAUCUUGGGAAGACCUCCGCAGCAACAUGUGCUCCCGAGGAUUUACUGUUCCUCGUUUCCUGCUGUUGCUGAUGUGUCUGCCGGGACGAGUCCGAGCGGAGUCCUACCUACAAGACGUCCUCCGAGUCUUGGAUCUGCCGCUCAGUCAGGAUGAAGAGACGCGCCUCCAGAAGAACCAUGUCGGCAUCCUGGUCUCUGCAAUUCUUCUGGCGGUGGACUGCCCAGAGAGGACGGGUGCUUCUCUAGAUGUCUGUGACAAGUGCCUGCCAGUGGACGUGGCGCUCUCCGUGCUGGAGGAUGACGAGAAGCCUUAUCUGACAGAGAACGACUUCCAGCGCCUCUCCACUCUUCUGCUGUACUACGUCGUGAAGCUGCCGGAUCUGUGCCGGUCGUCCUCUUCGCCCGCCCGUAGCUACGACUUCUACUUGAGGGCUCUCACCGAUCUCCAUGCGGCAGAGGACAACGGCGUCCUGUCGUCGGGUGAACUUCAGAGCAUUCUUCAGAUUGUCAACCAGGACAACAAAACCUCCAGCCGGGAAGGUUCUCCGACCUCCAAUUUGAAGAUCCAGUGUAUUGACGCCGCUCAUCUGCUUGAACAGACCAACGUGAAAGAAGGUGUCGCUAUGGCGUCCGUUGCCAAAGUGUCUGCUGCCAUCGUCAGUCACCUCCUGAGAGGUCCCUGUUUCGCUCAGAGGAACCUCCCUCCGCCGGCUUUUUUUACCAACUACAUCUUUCAUUCCCUUAAUCGCACCAGCGACCUCCAAGUUGUAGAUUUGGAAGUACUUCUUCAUCAGCUUGGUGUUGGCGGAGAAGGAAAGAAGCCACACGCUCACGACAGGAAGAGGCGAAGCUCGCGGGUCGAGUCGGCGCAUUCGCUGGAGGGUUGCGAGCACCAAGCUGGCAACUGGGCGCAGGUGUGUUUUUCAGCCAAUCAGCUAGUGUAUAUUUUUUCUCUGGACCCGCAACUGCCCAUUUCGAAGGAGCACUUUGGACAAAUGUGCCCGGCCAUCAUCCAGCAGUUGCUAGGCCACGCGUGCCAUUCUGCAGAAGACACCGCGAGAGCUCAGCCCACUGCUUUUGAGAAGUAUGGCUACAGCACGAUGGCGGUGCUGCUCAUCACCCUGGGAUCCAUGCUAGGCAUCUGCCUGAUCUUCUUCAACUCCCGCCAGGAGAGCUAUAGCCUCAUCUUGCAGCUUUUUGUGGGCCUGGCCGUGGGGACUCUCUCGGGCGAUGCCCUCCUUCACCUCAUCCCGCAAAUCCUCGGCCUCCAUGGACAUGACGAGGAACACCUCACAGAGCAAACGGACUAUUUGUGGAAGACCGUCGGCAUGGUGGCCGGCAUCUACGGCUUCUUCCUCAUGGGGAGGAUCUUUUCCUUCCUGGUUCCUCAGCACGGACAUAGCCACUCUCGGGGGGGCUCCAAGGGUCCGUCCCAGAGGGGCAAGUCCAUCUCCACCAUCCAGCUGGUAAGGCUCAUUUGGGUUCUGAAAAGAGCAAUGUGGUUCACUACCGAUGAAGUCCUUAACGUAGUUUCCCUAGGCUGUGACAUUCCCUUGCUGGCUGUGAUGGUCAUUGUUGGCGACAGCCUCCACAACUUUGCCGAUGGCCUAGUGGUGGGCGCCGCCUUCUCCUCCUCGCCCGAGACCGGCAUGGCGACCACUGUGGCCAUCUUGUGCCACGAGAUCCCGCACGAGAUGGGUGAUUUUGCGGUGCUGCUGAGCUCCGGACUCCCCGUGAAGACGGCCGUGAUCAUGAAUUUUGUCAGCGCCCUGACGGCCUUCGCAGGCCUCUACAUUGGACUCUUCGUCUCGGCCCAGGCUCAUGUGCAGCAGUGGAUCUUUGCAGUGACUGCGGGCAUUUUCCUCUACCUGUCACUGGUGGAGAUGCUUCCUGAGAUGAAUCGCUUCCAGAGUGGACGGCCAUUAACUGCGUUCCUCCUGCAGAAUAUUGGCCUCCUGUCGGGUUGGGCCUGUCUCCUGCUGCUCGCACUCUUUGAACAUGAUCUCAAAUUCUAGUAUUAUCAUAAUCACAACAAUAAACGGGGAUAUUUUAUGGCGGUGUCUCCUUUGUGAGGCUUAUUGCUGCCCACAAUGGGUGAGAAGAGUGUGCUAUUUUUUUCAUACCUAGUUUUUGUUCAUUCGUCGGUGGUUAUGGUCAUGCAACGGCUAGCUGCUAAGCGAUCCCACAAAAAAUGUGUUUUCUGAGUUUGGCCAUGUUGACAUUCGCAAGCGUGAGUGUGGCCACUGUAACGUCGUUUUGUCAACAGCAGGGGGCAAUACAGGAUAGCCUGGAAGACAAGCGGAUACAAAAUAUUACGAAGAAUUUUUUUAGACUUAUCUUGAAUUCCGCUUUAAAGUGUGAAAAACAUUAAUUCUCCUUGCAUUUUGAUAUAAAUAAAAAUGAACAACUGUUUCAGG